AUGAUUACAAUUUCUUUUUUUUUUACAAUCAUUUCCGCGUAUAUAAACACAGAACAUCACCAGCUUAGCAUAAUUCAACUACAUGCAAAGACUAACCUUAAGCAAGCAAUGAGUACAUUGAACCCAGCCACAACGCAUAGAGAAUUUAAUGGUCUUUCUGGAGCAUUAGGUAUAACUUUUGGUUUACCUUUUGUAAUCAUUUUUUUCGCUUUAGUUACCAAUCAAUACUAUUCAUUACAGGGUAUCCAUAUUCAAAUUGAUAAAAUUUUGAGCCAAAUUCCAUCAAACCAAUCUGAAUGGAUUGAUUUGUGUUUUGAUAAGCAAGUUUGGAGUGCAUAUUUAGCUUGGUUCUUUGGAUUGGUCAUUUUAGAUCAAAUUUUGCCUGGAAAAAUGAUGGAGGGAACUAAAUUGAGAGAUGGAACUUAUUUGUCCUAUUGCAUCAAUGGUGUAAGUAUGAGUGGAACGUUGUUUACUAUUUUGAUUGCUCGUUGUUUCCAAGUGGUGGAUUUCAAUUUACCUGAAUUACAGUUUAUUUACGAUCACCAAUUACAAUUGUCAGUGACAUGCAUAAUUUUCUCCUUUUUGUUGGCAGUCUUUGUUUAUGUAUACUCGUUUAUCCCAUUGACAAAAGUUAAUGGUGUUGGAACAAAGGAGAGGAUAUUGAGCGUCAAUGGGAAUACAGGGAACCCAAUUUACGAUUGGUUUAUCGGUCGUGAAUUAAACCCAAGAAUCGGUAAUUGGGAUAUCAAGUUAUUUUGCGAAUUGAGACCAGGAAUGUUGUUAUGGUUCCUCAUCAAUUUGAGUUGUGCUCAUGAGCAAUAUCAUAGAUUGGGCCAUGUCACCGACUCUUUGAUAUUAGUUACUUUAUUGCAAACAUUUUACAUUUUUGAUGGUGUGUUGAAUGAAACUGGUUUGUUGACAAUGAUUGAUAUUACAACUGAUGGUUUUGGAUUUAUGUUGAGCUUUGGUGAUUUGGCAUGGGUGCCUUGGAGUUAUACCUUACAAACUAGGUAUUUAAGCAUUCCAGGUAACGAGGUCAUAUUAGGAUGGUGCAAUUUUGCAGCCAUAGUGGUGUUGCACUUUGUCGGAUUCUACAUUUUCAGAGCUUCUAAUUUACAAAAAUCCAACUUCAAAAAUGGCAAGUUGGAACAUAUGAAACAUAUCAAGACUGCCACAGGGUCAAGGUUGUUAAUUGAAGGAUGGUGGGGUUUGUCGCAACACAUCAACUACCUCGGUGAUUGGUUAAUUGGAUGGUCUUGGUGCUUACCCACUGGAUUCCAAACACCAUUAACAUACUUUUAUGUGAUAUAUUUUGCCAGUUUAUUGAUUCAUCGACAAGUGAGAGAUGAUAUGAAAUGCCAAGCCAAAUAUGGUAAAGAUUGGGAAAAGUACAAACAAUUGGUUCCGUAUAAAAUUAUUCCUUAUAUAUAUUAG